CCUGAGAACUAGCGGGCAGAGCAAACUCCGCUGCUUCCAUUCAGAAACCUCGGAACAGACCUUUGCCUGCCAACUUCCUAGCUCUCUGGCCAGCUUCUGAUUGUUAGCAGUGGGUUAGCUCCCAUGAAAACCUCGAAGGCAUCCCAGCGCUAUAGAGGCAUCCGGAGAAAUGCCAGCCAGUGCUACCUCUACCAGGAAUCUCUGCUGCUCAGCAACUUGGAUGACAGCUUUAGUGCUGAUGAAACAGGGGACAGCAAUGAUCCGGAACAAAUCUUCCAGAAUAUACAGUUCCAGAAAGAUCUCAUGGCAAACAUUCGCUGCAGACCCUGGACUAUGGGACAGAAGUUGAGGGCAUUGAGACGAGCGAAGGGCAUUGUGCUGAAGUUCGAAGGGAGGCUGACCAGGACCCGAGGCUACCAAGCAGCAGGUGCAGAGCUCUGGCGGAAAUUUGCUCGUCUCGCCUGUAACUUUGUGGUCAUCUUCAUUCCCUGGGAAAUGAGGAUAAAGAAAAUCGAGAGUCAUUUUGGAUCUGGCGUUGCCUCCUAUUUCAUAUUCUUGAGAUGGUUAUUUGGAAUUAAUAUUGUGCUCACCAUUAUGACAGGUGCUUUUAUUGUCAUUCCAGAGCUGAUUGCAGGCCAGCCCUUUGGAAGCACAGCCAGGAAGACCAUCCCCAAGGAGCAGGUUUCGUCUGCCCAAGACCUGGACACCGUCUGGUCUCUGGGGGGCUACCUCCAGUACUCUGUCCUCUUCUACGGAUAUUACGGCAGGGAGAGGAAGAUCGGGAGAGCUGGCUACCGGCUGCCCUUGGCGUAUUUCCUAGUGGGGAUGGCAGUGUUUGCUUACAGCUUCAUCAUUCUUUUAAAAAAGAUGGCUAAGAACUCCCGCACGAGUCUUGCCAGUGCUUCCAACGAAAACUAUACCUUCUGCUGGCGGGUGUUCUGUGCCUGGGAUUACCUCAUUGGAAACCCAGAGGCUGCAGAGAGCAAAACAGCUGCCAUAGUGAACAGCAUCAGGGAAGCUAUAUUGGAAGAACAGGAGAAAAAGAAAAGCAAAAACCUGGCAGUGACCAUCUGCCUGAGGAUUAUUGCCAACAUCCUGGUGCUUCUCUCACUGGCUGGGAGCAUUUAUCUCAUCUACUUUGUGGUGGACCGGUCCCAGAAGCUGGAGCAGUCGAAGAAGGAGCUGACACUUUGGGAAAAGAAUGAGGUCAGUGUGGUGGUCUCCCUCGUCACCAUGAUAGCACCAUCAGCCUUUGAUCUCAUUGCUGCCUUAGAGAUGUACCACCCCAGGACCACGCUGCGCUUCCAGCUUGCAAGGGUCCUUGUGCUGUAUCUGGGAAAUCUCUACAGCCUGAUCAUUGCUCUCCUGGACAAAGUUAACAGCAUGAGCAUUGAGGAAAUGGCUACCAAAAAUAACACAAGUCAUUGGAUAGAUUCCACCACCUUCUUUGCAACCAGGACAGCCCCUGAAGAAGAGAAAUGGUCCACAUCUCAGCCUGGAAUGGGGCUCAGGAGAAACAACACAUGGGCCUUGGAAGAGACCAGCAUUUCAGCUUACACCAUGCCUCUUAUAAAGGCCAACAAGACUAGCCUCCACACUCAGAGUCCACAAGACCAGUGCUGGGAGACAUACGUUGGUCAGGAGAUGCUGAAGCUCUCCAUCAUUGACAUGCUGUUCACUGUGGCGAGCAUUCUGCUCAUAGACUUCUUCCGAGGACUUUUCGUGCGGUACUUAAGUGACUACUGGUGUUGGGAUCUGGAAAGCAAGUUUCCUGAAUAUGGAGAAUUCAAAAUAGCUGAGAAUGUGCUACAUUUAGUCUACAACCAAGGAAUGAUUUGGAUGGGGGCCUUCUUCUCCCCAUGUCUCCCAGCGUUCAACGUUCUCAAACUCAUUGGGCUCAUGUACCUGAGGAGCUGGGCUGUGCUGACCUGCAAUGUGCCCCACCAGCAAGUAUUUCGAGCCUCAAGAUCCAACAACUUCUACUUGGCAAUGCUCCUGUUUAUGCUGUUUCUGUGCAUGCUGCCAACCAUUUUUGCUAUUGUCCGAUACAAGCCAUCUCUAAACUGUGGGCCAUUCAGUGGACAAGAGAAAAUUUAUGACAUUGUGUCAGAAACGAUUGAGAAAGACUUUCCCGUGUGGUUUGGCUCCGUGGUUGGACACAUCAGUAGCCCCGUGGUCAUCCUGCCCGCGGUACUCCUGCUUUUCAUGCUCAUCUAUUAUCUCCAGAGCAUCGCACGGUCUCUAAAGCUCAGCAACCACCAGCUCAAAAUGCAGAUCCAAAACGCAAGAUCAGAGGAUAAGAAAAAGGUUGCCCAGAUGGUAGAAGCCCGAAUCCAGACCCAGGAAGAAAGCACCAAGAAGCUUCCCAACGACAGUGAUCUUACCAGCCAGCUGUCCUCAGCGUACUCGGGCACACCCCAAAACAACGGCAACGUGGCCCAUUUUGACUCAGGGAGCAGCAAGAGUGGCAGAAUAGAGACAGUCGCACAGUCCAUGCCCCAGAGCCCCAGGCCAGGGGACAGGGCUCCUAGCUCACUUCUCCCUGGGGUCUCCAAAUCCAGGCUAGAGCAUGAAACUAACAGGUAUCUGCAUGGUCUGUGUGCAAGCACCAGUGACCUUCACAGGAACAGAUCGCGCACACCUAUGACAUUUACAACACACAUCGAAGAUGUACACUCAGAACCUCUUUUCCGAAAAGACUUUCAGCAAAUCAACCCUCCUCACCGUGGACCACAGGCCUCGACUUUGCUGGCACAGGGUCCCAGGCCCCACGCCCCCAGAUACUAUGUCAUUAAUGAACGUGACUCUUACAAGAAAAAACAUCUAAAUGUCUGGCCAGAAAGACAUUUCAAGAUAGAUGCUUCAGGUGACAUUGUGGAGCUGUACCCCAGGAACGUGCGACAAUAUGCAUCCCGGGUCCCCCGCCAGCCUCCCUCCCCACAGCUGAGUGAAGAAGAGGAGGAGACGCCAAGGAGAGAUUGGAUCAAACGGUCUCUUCCCCCACGCUCCCUGAUAGACCUCCGUCGGGCUCCUCAUUUUUAUAUUGGGGAGAGGUCCGAAAGUCAGACCCUGGAUCCCGAGCACCAGGGGAGGGUGCACUACAAGUCGUGGAAUGAAGAUUUUGAGGGUCACCUUGAGAGGCCAGCCUAUGUGCCCAAAAAGCCACGAUCCCGGAAUUUCCAAUACCCACAGCCCCCUAUGAAGCCCAGAGAGAAGCCCAGGUUCGAGCCAUCCCUCACGGAAUCUGACUCCGUGUCGGCAGCAUCCAGCAGUGACCAGCAGAACAGCAACGCUGACCAGUACCUGCAGGUCACCCACAGCCAGGGCAGGUUCCCGAGGUCCGUGGGCCAGCAAAGCAGGAGGAAGGCCAAGUCGGGGCAGGAGCUGACCGUGGAUCUGGAUGACUUGAUUUGUUCAAAUGUCUAGGCUUCCUCCAGUGUCCCGUUCCUAGAGGUCAGGCCCCUGUUGGAGUGCUGGGCCAGCACAUGGCAUCUCCCUUUCUGGAAAAAGAGGUGAACACGUGUGUUAGAGACCUGAGGGGCAUGGUCAGCGGCUGCUAGCUGAGGCCCUGAGGCUGACAGGGCUACAGAUACCUAUUCUACAGCUACUGUUAGCCAAAUUUAUCCGAGUUAGGUGGCACCAAAGUAUGUCACCAGCAGUGAAUCAUCACGGGUCUGCAGCAAUCUCAAUACCUGCCUCCUCGGAAGAAAGAAUUUGGCAGAGGGGCUCAAGACAGAAGGAGAGACUGAGGCAAGUUUUAGAGCAGGCAUGAAAGUUUACUGAAAAGCUUUAGAGCAGGAAUGAAAGAACGUAAAACAUACUUAGUAGAGGGCCAAGCAGGCGACUUGAGAGAUCGAGUGCACUGUUUGACCUUUGACUUGGGGUUUUACACGUUGGCAUGCUUCCGGGGUCUUGCGUUGCUUCUCCCCACGAUCCUUCCCUUUCUUCCCUUGGGGUGGGCUGUCCGCAUGCGCAGUAGUGGCCUGCUUGCGCUGGGGAGGGGAGGAUGCGCAGUGUGUUUACUGGAGUUGUGCACGCGCUCACUCGAGGUUCUUCCCUUACCAGCGGAAUGCUCCAUUUUGUCUCUUAGUGCGCAUGUUUGAGCCCACUCGCCCAACUCCUGACAUUUUAUGGGGAAGCUGCCCAUCACCAGUUUCAGGUUUUUUCUAUCUAUUGGGAGACUGUCGUUCCCUGGUGCCAGCUGUGACCAAUUAUUAUUUGAGAGAGACAAUUAACAGCCACCUGACCAUCACCUGAUGGUCGCCUGACAUUCCUGGGGGUUGUGUUGAAGAAGGAAUUCAUGAAUUUUACAAGUAUAAUCAAAGACAACCAAAAAUUUUUACUUUUUCCUUCAAAAGCUAAGUGUAGUGUAGCUCCCCCAUAGUCUAAGUUAAAGAAGAACACUAACUGCCUGUUUUUCCUUCUGUGCUCGGCGAGCCUUAUCUGUACUUGCUAGUUUCACAUUCCUUGAGGCUCAGCGAGUUCCUGCUUCACCACCCUAGCGCAGCUGCAAAGUUACAAGGUUGAUGCAGAAACAUGGUUUCCCAGGGAUGUGGAACAUGUAGUACAGAUAAAUGUAAAAGACUGAACAACUGCCUUUGCUCUCGCUUCUGUAAGUACGCUUCCUGCCUCACGUACUCCCGGCCACCGACUGCUUAAAAGGUGGCUGCUUUCUUUGUCCAGGGCUCAGACUUUCCUGGACGCUAGUCCUACUGAGCCAGGUGAUCACCUUUUAAUAAAGACCUUUCCUGAACUC